AUGACCAAGCACGCCCUCAGACACGAGGAGAGGUUGACAAGGAGUGACGUCCUAAAGGAGGUCACCAUCGAAUAUCUAUCGAUCAUGGAGAAGGUGAAGGCGGGGAAAGGCAAGGGCGCGCGCGGCGCCGAGCAGGCCUACCUCGCCGAUGGAGGCGGCCGCCGUGGGCGGUCGUCGUGGCGUGGGGGCGGCCGCCGAGGGCGGUCGUCCUGGCGUGGUCGUGGCGGUGGCCGCAGCGGCGGCCGCGGGGGCGGCGACAGCAGCGGAAAAGGCGGUGGCGGCGUCGAGGAGAGCAAGGGGAGUGGCUCUGGUGGGGCAGAUGGCGGCGGUACCGGGGACAAGAAGUUCCCGGGCCGGUGCUUCACGUGUGGCCGUUUCGGACACACGCAGCAGGACUGCACCACCAAGGAGAGCGACUACCUCCCGCAGUGCUCACACUGCGCAGGAUGGGGUCAGAGCAAGGACAAGUGCGCGACGGAGGAGGCCGUCCUGGCGCAGAUCGUCCAUGCCGACAGCGACGCCGACUCCGUCGACAACCAGGCCUUCUGCGCGGCGCCGGGCCUGCCAGGCGAGUGUGGUGCUGUUGACCUAGGUCUAGUGGAGGUAACGGAACUAGGCCAGCAUGUCAUGGUGUACGUGGCUGAAACAGCAGCCACGUGCUCCAUGUUCCGAUGCGCAAACGCGUUCGUGAACUACCGCGAGUGUAGUGGUUGGGUCAAGGGGAUCGGAGGCAACAAGGCCCCCGUUCCUCUCCUAGGUGCUAAUCCUGAAUGA